CAAUAAAGUAGCUUGUCGUAGUGGUUCGUUAGGUUCCCAAUCUAACCUUGGGCAACGCAGGAAAAUGCUAUCAUGCCCUAAGUUGAAGGAUGAACAUGGGAGCAUAAAUUUGCUUAAUAUCAUUAUCUGUACAGUUACACAACUUUGAAUAAACCAACACCAAGUAUGUCAACCCCAAAGUUUUUCUCCAUCACAUCCUAGUCGCCUAAGAGUGACGAGUCUUAUUCGUCUUUUUGGGAAACAACACUCCACCAACAAGUCAAUCAGGUUAUCAUUCCACCUCUUGGUUAUUGGCAUUAGCACCCAACCAAGGAAGAUGUCUGACUUGCUAAGGGAUCCAAAAAUGUCCCUUGUUCUGUGGCGGUUGGUGUUGUUUCGACUCUCUUAUCGGCGGUAUCUCGAUAAGCCAUGUUUUUUUCUCUUCUACAUAUUGUGAUUGGUUGUUUAUGUUGGUGUAAUAAAUAUUUAUAAUUUUAAUGCAAAAUAAUUGAUUUAAUGGCAAUCAACGAUCACAUUGCAACUGUCAUAUUUUAACGACCAUAAAUAAAUGCCAUAUUUCAACGACCAUAUUGUUUAUAUAUUCAAGCACUCUUCAUGGAUUUCUCUUCACUCAAUCUCAUAGCUUAAAUCGCAUUAUCUCAAAAUCAUAUUUUUAUCAUCUCUAAAACAGGGACAAUGGUAGGCAAGAGAGGAGCUAAUUGGUGACCGAACGAAGAUGAAAUCUUGUUCAGAGUUUGGGUGUCGAUAUUAGAAGAUGGAGUGGUUGGCACCAACAAAAAGUCUGCAAGGUUGUGGGAAAGAGUGGCGAUAGAACAUCAAAGAUGGGAUCCUGCUACAACUCGUACUGUUUUUUCAGUGGACUAUCGAAUGAGGACUAUCACCUAUCACUCCAAUGCUUGGAAGGGAGUUUUAAAAGCAUAGAAGAAUCAAUCGAGUGGCACGAACCAAUAUGAUGUUGUAUUUUUUUUUUUUUUUUGGAACCUUCACUUGUUAUUUUAUUAUUUUAUGUACUUUGACUUCUCUAACUCAUGUGUUAGUAAUUUUAAUAUGAAAAGGAUGCAAGAUCAAUAUAUAAGCAAGAUAAUGGGAACAAAGCCUUUGCUCAUGAGCAUUGUUUUGACAUUAUUUGAAAUUGCCCAAAAUGGUACUGCAAUCCUCAACUAGAUGUUAGUUCCAUUCCACCUAAGGGACAAUUCUCUCAUAGGUAUUGGUUCUCAAUCCUUUCCCAUGGAAUGCCUUAACGACUUACAAGAUGAAGGAGAUACGCAUUUCGUGUUGUCUCGCCUAAACGACGUGAAAGCAAAAGGUAGCAAAGAAGAAAGGUAAGAUAUUUGCCGAAUCGUCAAGCAUGUAUACUACUCAAAUACUAGAGUUUGGUAAUGAUAUGAGAGAGAGGCAAAAGUCGAGGAUAGAUUACGAAAACAAAAAAAAUGAUUGUUAAAGAGAUGAGACUAGAGCGUGAGAAAGAGGAGUGGGCGUACAAGAGGCAAGUGAGGGAACGCGAAGUAGAAAAGUGGGCUAUUGAGAAGAAAGAGAGGGAAGCGGCAAUACUUAGUCAAAAUAUGACUAUUUUGGACAAGGAUUUAUCAAGACUGGCACCGAGAAAGAAGAGAUUUUGGAGAAGUAAACUAAAUGACAUAUUGGGGUAUGAUCAAGAUUAUCCCAACUCUAAUCCAAGUGAUGGCAGAGAUGGAGAUGAAAGUGGUGGAGGAGAUGGAGAUGAAAUUGUUGAGGUGAUUAUUUUUUGUCUUGGAUUAUAAUUAGAAGAAGGUCUUAUGUGUACUCUAUUGUCUAAACUGUUUAGUAUGUUGUGUGCUGUCUUUUAACUUUGUUGUUUUCAUGUACUAUGUGUACUCUUUGAACUUUGACGAGGGGCGGAGCUACAAGGUUGGAAGGGGGUUCCAUGGCACCCCUUGAUUUAGGAAAGCACUGCAAAAUUUAGUAGUAUAAAUAUACACAUGAUGAAAUUUUAACCCCAAAUCUCAAUGUUAAUUGUUAAAUUGUGAUAAUCCAAUCACAAUUGAUUAUAUAAUUAAUUCUACGUACUAAUUUUUAUAUUAAUAUAGUCUAGUCGCCGCAAAUUAUUAGAGGAAAUCAUUAAACUUUUUAUGAUAACGAUAAUUUGAAGAGGAAAUUUGUUCCCAUCAAUGUAUUUGCUUGUGAAACUUGAUUUGGUUCGCUACUACUUUCUGUCAAUAUACAUGUUGAUAUUAUCAACAAAAAAAUACAUAUCGGUAUAAAGUUUUCUGCAAUGAAUGAGUGAAUAGCCUUUGACUUGACUCAAAAGAAUUUGUGAAUGAUUAUUUGUGAAAAGAAUUAUGUAGUUUUAGAAUAUUUUCAUUAUAUCAAACAUGACUACAUGAGAUCGUAUCAUGGGUUAUUGCUCAAAAAUUAUUUUAAUGCACCUCUUUGAGUCAAUUUCUGGUUACGCCAAUGACUUUGACCAUUUUCAUGUGUAAUAAAACUAGUGUUGUUGAAACUUUGAACUAACUACAAGACACACUUUAUUGAAACAUGAAGUACAAUCACAUACCAAAACUUGGAAUUACAAAUUACCAAGCAACAUAAAAUAAUAUUUAAUAUUGAAACAUGCAAUACAAUCUACAAUUAGACAAUAAUAGUUAUUGCCAUGCAAAUUCCAAAGAUACUCAACCAAUUCAUUUAAAAGCGCAUGACGUGUUAUUGAGGAGCGAAUCCUAUUAUUUCUAGCCAAGUAAUUAACCAAAGUUGGAAUGUGUCGGUUGAUUGAUUGAGGUUGUUCAUGGAUCUCAUAAUCAAGUUCAUCAUAAAUCUCAUCGUCAGAAUAAACUUGCUCAACCUCGAUUAGCAUGUUGUGUAAUAUAAUGCACAUCAACAUUAUAUUAUUAAGUGUAACAAUAUCCCAAGCUCUUGCAAUGCCACAAAUAAUUGUCAUCUGGUUUGGAGAAUUCCAAAUGCCCGCUCUAUGUUUUUGUGGUGUGCUCUUUGAAGUUGAGCAAACAAAGCCUCUUUGUUUGACUUUGGAUUGCUGAAGGUCUUCACUAAAGUCGUCUCAUAAGGGAUAAAUAUCGCCAGCCAAAUAAUAAUAUUGAUCGUAAGCAUGAUAAUUUUCGUCAAGUCGUACACGUGGAGCGCUUCCAUUGACGAUACGAUCAAAUACUGGAGACAUCUCCAGAACAUUUAUAUCAUUGUUCGUCUAGGAGAUCUAAAGAAGCAUGUCAUAUCCAUGUGCUAUAGGAGGUCACCGCCUCCAUAACGAUUGUUGGCCUAUAUAUGUGUAUGGCAGUGUAUUGUCCUGUUCAACAAUUUGGACAAUUCCUCUAUUCUCAAUGCAUGCAGUCAAUUGAUCAAAUCAUUCCAGGAAAGCCACAACUUGAGGCUUUACAGAGUAAGAUCCUUAAAUCAACACGAGUAGGUGCGCAAAGGUAUGUGGCCCCGUAUAUGUUGAUAAUGUUGUUGCAAAACUUUUUAAAGACGUCCAUUAAGAUUCUCUCACCCAUACGAACAUACUCAUCAAGUCGAUCAGCUGGGGAAUCAUAUGCUAGCAUGCACAUCGCACUAGUAAGCUUCACCGAGACCCUUACGCCUUAGAACAAAUGAGGGGUCAAACC